GCAGAUCUUGUGCGGUUGGGCAGUGAGCGGCUGACGGGGAGGGGCCUGCUCUGAUGCAGCACAGGCAGAUGACAGCGGUAGCAGCAACAGCAAUCAGAGCCCUUCUCCGGGCGGGUUUUGCUGCAGUACGCUGAUUGCCACUUUACAGCAUCCAGCAAGAUCCCCAGCAGCAGGCACUUGGAGGAGACUCUGCGUGGGCACUUGUUUAAGGAGUACCUGACUAAACAAUUGGGUUAUUCUUUAACUCUCGGAGAAGUGCCUGUAUUCCCUUCACGCAAGCUCCCUACUGGCUUUCUGCAUUCAUAAUUUAUCGGAGCUGUUUCUCCCUCCGAUUUUUUCCCAUUACUUUUUUCUUUUCCUCCCCCGAUCCAUUUUUUUUUUUUUUUCUUUCCCGAUCGUUAUUCACCCUCCCAAAUCUGUGCUGCAUCUCUAGCGCUCAUUAUGCUGUGCUCAGUAGCCCAGUGUGUUCUCCGCCUCUGCUAGGCAGUGGCAGCAUGGAUGGUGCUCUUGUGACGACCUCUGCUGAUGCUAUCAGUCCACUGCGGAUAGGCAUGCUGAGUAAUCCUGCUGUAAAUGGGCGAGGACACGGACACACGAAAAAUUAACCACAGCUUUCUUCGAGACCACAACUAUGUGACUGAAGGGAAAGCUAUAAGGAAGCUUGUGCGCAAGGCGACUCUGGUGGCAUCUAGAAUCCUCAGAUUUCCUUGACUGAAUCCAUCUGGGUUUAGCCCUAAGUAUAGUAGACAAGCUGCACUGCUUGCACUGAUAAAUUAUAUCUUCCAAAUGAUAGACCAAGCUGAUAUUAUUUCUACAGUUGAGUUCAACCACACUGGAGAACUGCUGGCUACUGGUGACAAGGGGGGUCGGGUUGUUAUAUUCCAAAGGGAACCUGAGAGUAAAAAUGAGCCUUACAAUCAGGGGGAGUACAAUGUUUACAGCACUUUCCAGAGCCAUGAACCUGAAUUUGAUUAUUUGAAGAGCUUGGAGAUAGAAGAAAAAAUAAACAAGAUCAAGUGGUUACCACAGCAAAAUGCAGCUCACUCACUUUUAUCAACAAACGAUAAAACAAUCAAAUUAUGGAAAAUUACUGAAAGAGACAAGAGACCAGAGGGGUACAACUUAAAAGAUGAAGAAGGGAAACUUAAAGAUCUUUCUACAGUAACAUCACUGCAGGUGCCUGUGUUGAAACCUAUGGAUCUGAUGGUAGAAGUCACUCCCCGGAGAAUCUUUGCUAAUGGUCACACCUAUCAUGUCAACUCAAUAUCCGUCAACAGUGACUGUGAGACAUACAUGUCAGCAGAUGAUCUCAGGAUUAACCUCUGGCAUUUAGCAAUCACAGAUAGGAGCUUCAACAUUGUAGAUAUAAAGCCAGCCAAUAUGGAGGACCUGACGGAAGUGAUUACAGCCUCUGAGUUCCAUCCCCAUCACUGCAAUCUCUUUGUCUACAGCAGCAGCAAAGGAUCCCUGAGACUCUGUGACAUGAGGGCAUCGGCUCUCUGUGACAAACAUUCCAAGCUUUAUGAAGAACCAGAAGACCCCAGUAACAGAUCAUUCUUUUCAGAAAUAAUCUCUUCAGUGUCAGAUGUCAAAUUCAGUCACAGUGGUAGAUACAUGCUAACGAGAGAUUACCUCACUGUCAAAGUUUGGGAUCUGAACAUGGAAACGAAGCCCGUAGAAACAUACCAGGUCCAUGAUUACCUUAGGAGCAAGUUGUGUUCCCUCUAUGAAAAUGACUGCAUCUUUGACAAGUUUGAAUGUGCAUGGAAUGGAUCAGACAGUGUGAUAAUGACCGGUGCAUACAACAACUUCUUCCGAAUGUUUGACCGGAACACCAAGAGGGAUGUGACCUUGGAGGCAUCCCGAGAGAGCAGCAAACCACGAGCUAUUCUCAAGCCCCGGAGGGUCUGCGUUGGAGGCAAAAGGAGGAAAGAUGACAUCAGUGUUGACAGUUUGGACUUUACUAAGAAGAUCUUGCACACAGCAUGGCACCCAACCGAGAACAUCAUUGCUAUAGCAGCGACAAACAAUCUGUACAUAUUUCAGGAUAAAGUGAACUCAGAAAUGCACUAGAUUUAUCAAUAUCCCUCUAUAUUUACAAACCAGCCUCUUGAGAGUUGUAGAAGGAUGUGAUCUUCACAAAAAAUUGUGGCUUCUGUGGUGGGAUUUGUAGGUUGCAUCCUUUCAUCCCUCAGCCUGUAUCUUUAUUGAUGGCAAGCCAACUACUUCUAAUUUUCCAUCACUGCAACUGUAUGAGUAAAAGGCACGACUGCAAAUCCAGUACUGUGGUCUGUAUUGGUUCCUUUAAACAAACAGGGGUAUUUAUUCACUUUGGGAGUGUUCCUGAGGAGGGCUGAGGCUCCUUAGCUCCCGUUAGUCUUUUCAAGGCUCUCAAUGGCUCCCAGGGCCAUACUCUUCCAGUGCCCCGCCUGCUUUUGCAGUCCACAGCAUUUACCACAUUGUUAGAGCUUUUUGCCUCAGUCUCUUGAUUAAUUUUUUCAGUAACAUUUUCCUCUUUCAGCUAAGCCAGGCCUGUUUGGGUGAAUGAAUAGCAACAUUCCUUUAGACUAUGUGGCACACUGGGAGUGGCCUCAUGACACUUAUACCUGGAAGCAGAAUCCCUGCCAGUGAAAAGCUGCCCUGUCUCACCUAUCCCAUUCCCUUCUUUACAACACCCUCUUGUUUAUUUAUUUAUUCACAUUGCUUUGUGCUUCAACUUCCCAAGUAAGUGUCAGACUGGUAUAGUUACUCAGCCGGCUUACUUUAAGUAGUUUCUUCUCCAUAGAUCUCUUUGCCCUAUUCAAAACAAUAACAAGUACCUUCAUCACGUGGAGGACUAUGUAAAAACUUGGUAUUGCCACUUCAGACUGGUCAGACACAGCCAGGCAGUUGAUAUACAAACCCAUCCUGCCAUCUGGGGGUUGGAGUUCUGGAAACCUUGGCUAGAAGUGCUGUCCUUGAAGGCAACAGUCAGCUUCAGUGGGAAGAAAGUUAUGUCACUGCUAGACACUUCAGAAAGUCCCUCGUUUGUUGAUUGCAAGUGUGGUUAUUUUAGUCAUGGCCUUGGGGAAUACAGGCAAUGUAACUGUAAAAGGAAUGGUGCCGCGAGAUGCAGCACUUGUCAGUGAAUUUUAACACUUUUAAAUGAGUCCACUGCUGGGAGACAAAAUUAUUCCUGGAGAAAUAUGAAACAUAAAAAAGCUCCAAACCCAACCAAACCUUCCACAUACAUACUGUUAGAUCUAUCACUGGUUUAAAAUGAGUAGUGAUGGAUAAAUGGGAAAGUACACACAAUUGGUGUUGCACAUGCAGGAAUGGUAUGGGAACAGUGCAGUGGGCAGGGAGUCCUCUUAAUCCAGUAAAAGAAAGUUCUGCUGCAUCCCUAAUAGCUCUGGCAGAAAAAUUAAUAUCCCAAAGGAUUUCUCCUCAAACCACGAAUAAAAGAGCACAAGUCACGUGACCUGUUAAUCUGCCCAUGUUAAAACUCCUCAGAAAAAAUAAAUCUCUAAGCCAUUAUGCACUGAUUUCUUGGUAAAUGGAGAACGUACCAAUGAAGGGAUCUGCAUGCUUUUAUAAUUUGGUUUGGGUGGAAAGGGUGAAAAUCUGCUUACAAGAACUAAUAAAACAAAGCUUUUAUAUGACAACACAACACAUGAACUCUGUACCUUGGAAGUUUUCUAGAUCAAUGCUGUGUACUUCGUGUGUAGAAGCACAAACCCACGUGCAUCACUUUCCAGACACACCAAACAUACAGUAUGAAAUGUGUAGGUUCAUUUGAAAGGGAAUUGGGAGCGUUUAUAAGACAGUAUAUGCUGUAGCAGGCAUGGACAGUACAUGUACACAUUUAUUCGAAUGAAAUUUAACAAAAUUGCCUUUUCUUUUCCCCUCACUUGUAAAAAGGUUUAAGAAUGUGGUAAAUUGUAUAGAAAACUUGUUAAUGCCAAACUACCGCUUCAAGGGUGUCACAAUUUCCUUGACUUUUGGCCUCCUCCAUUAACCUUUGCAGCUCAAAAACAAGUAAAAAUAAUGCUGUCAGAUCAUACUGGCAUUUACAGCUAGAAGUACUGUAAAACAUAUAUUUAGCUUUUAACAUUCUCAAGUUCUAUAGAUAACUUAUUAUAAAGCAGAUCUUAAUAAAUACCACAGUUUUUUUGUUUUUAAUUUGAAGUACCUUACUCUGUUACAGCUUUGGGUACCAAAAAGAACGUUAAAAUUAAAGAAAGAAAUAUAUCUUUGGAGCUUUAUAGAACUAAUGAAAUGCCCAACCAAAAUACCAUGAAGUGAUUAUAGAGGAAAUAAAUAGAAACCUUUCAAAGACCAGUAUUCCGUUCCUGCCUUUGACAUCUCUACUGCAGAUCGGUUUCCUGGUUUCUUGAAUGUAUGGAAAGUUAACAUCGUCAUUGUGAGCGUUUCCAACUUUUCUUUUUCUUUUUAAUUUGAGCUUUCAGUGGUGUAGAGUAAGUGAUGGUAAAGUUGGUAAAGCUGAUUGAUUGUUUUGAAAGCUGUUGUUCAUGGCUGCAUUCUUUGUGUUGCACAAAUUAGCUGACUGUUGUUGAAUAAAAAUAUAAAUAUGUUAA